AUGGCUGCUCAGCAUGAUGUGAAUGAAUGUCAGGUCAGUCCAUCUGUAUGUGGUCCAAACUCCAACUGCAAGAAUGUAAAUGGAGGUUACAAUUGCUCAUGUUUGGAUGGAUUUACAGCAACAUUCCUAAAUCUCACCAUCAGCAUCAAUAACACAUGCACAGCCUUGAGCAAUCUAGUGACUGAAGAAGUUGUUCGAGAAGUUGAAGACUCUUGGUACACAGUCAAAGUAGAUGGCACACGUGACCCAACCAGAGUGGAAAAUAUUUCCAUCAUUGUUCAUUUUGUUAAGGACAAUUAUCAAUAUUUUCUACUAACUUAUUCAGCACUACCAUCUACAACUACAAUUAAACCACCGCCAACAACACCAUCACCAACAACAGUAAUUCGAAUGUCAAUGAGAGUAAAUAAAUUUUUUGACACCAGUCUCAUCAGCGAAACUGAAACAAAGUAUAAAUUGUAUGUAAAGCACAUUACGUCGGCAAUUGAAGAAAGUUACAAGAAUCUGCCUAACUACAUUAAAGGUUCAGUAAAAGUCACUCGCUUCAGGUCUGGUAGCAUUAUAGCAGACUACACGAUUACUGCAAACAGCACCAAUCUGAAUGUUACAUCAGCAAACACACAGGUUUCUGACACUCUCUUAAAAGCAGGAAUCCCUUUAACUCAGGUUGCUUUUGCUGAAAGUGAGGAAAAAAUCCUGACAACCAAAGCUAAAUUUUAUCCUCUGCAAAAUGUGGAGCUGAGGUGUACACGUCCAAAUUCUGUUGCGGGAACAAUGAAAUGGAGUGUGAAUGACCAAGAUCCUGCAGGAAACAGUGCAAAAUACACCAUUACAAAUGACAUCCUCGGUAGCACUCUUAUUGUG